GUUUCCAGCCGAGCCGCUUUCCCAGCCGGGCCGCAACAUGGCUGCCUCCAGGCCUCCGGGUCUGGGAUAUGUCGCGCUCUCGCGGUCCUGACAGACCCUGACUUCUGUGCGCUCCUUGUUUUCCCUGACCGCUCCAGCAGACAUGUUUGCCAAGGCCUUUCGGGUCAAAUCCAAAACUGCCAUCAAAGGGUCGGACAGGAGAAAACUUCGGGCUGAUGCAGCAGCUGCUUUCCCUGCAAUUAGAACUGACCAGGUCUCUGAAUUAGUACCUGGAAAGGAGGAAAUCAACCUUGUGAAAUUGUAUGCUCACAGAGGGGAUGCAGUGACUGUGUACAUGAGUGGUAGUAACCCCAUCCUGUUUGAACUGGAGAAAAAUCUAUAUCCAACAGUGUACACCCUGUGGUCCUAUCCUGAUCUUCUCCCAACUUUCACAACAUGGCCACUAGUGCUGGAAAAAAUGGUGGGGGGAGCAGAUUUGAUGUUGCCUGGAUUAGUGGUGCCCCCUGCUGGUCUGCCUCAGGUACAGAAGGGUGACCUCUGUGCCAUUGCCUUAGUGGGGAGCAGAGCCCCAGUUGCCAUUGGAAUUGCUUCCAUGUCCACAGUGGAGAUGCUGGCUUCAGGCCUGAAAGGAAGGGGCUUCUCUGUGCUCCACACCUACCAGGACCACCUGUGGCGAUCUGGAGACAAAUCUUCUCCACCCUCCAUUGCUCCACUGACCCUGGAUCCUCCAGAUCUCAGUGAAGAGACAGGGUCCAUCCAGGCAGACUGCACUCUGCUGGGAGGCAUGAGACAACUGACCCUGGAAGGGAUGGAAGAGGAAAAUGGGGAGUUUCAUCAGAUAUGUGGGGAGAAGCCCCUGUCACAAGCUUCUGAAGAGCCCAGUGUCAGCAUCCAGACCCCUAACCCCACUGACAGUGGGACCCUUCAAGAGCAAAUGGAUGAACUGUUGAAGCGAUGUUUCUUGCAUGCUUUGAAGUGCCGAGUUAAAAAGGCUGACCUCCCUUUACUCACCAGCACUUUCCUUGGCAGUCAAAUGUUCUCCUGCUGCCCCGAAGGCCAACUACUGGACAUCAAGAAGUCAAGUUACAAGAAGCUCUCUAAGUUCCUGCAGCAAAUGCAGCAGGAGCAGAUUAUACAGGUGAAGGAGCUGAGCAAAGGGGUGGAGAGCAUUGUGGCUGUGGAUUGGAAACACCCGAGGAUCACAUCUUUCGUCAUACCCGAGCCCUCCCCGACCUCCCAGACUGUCCAGGAGGGUAGCAGGGAACAGCCCUAUCACCCUCCAGAUAUAAAAUCCCUCUACUGUGUCCCAGCCAGCAUGACCCUGCUCUUCCAGGAGUCUGGCCACAAGAAGGGGAACUUUCUUCAAGGCAGUGAGGUGCGGACAGUUGUCAUUGACUACAUCAAGAAAAAUGAUCUGGUUGAUGCAGACAACAAAAAUCUUGUGAAAUUGGAUCCCAUCCUAUGUGACUGCAUCUUAGAGAAAAACGAGCAGCACACAGUCAUGAAGCUUCCAUGGGACCAUCUUUUAACCAGGUGUUUAGAAAAAAUGCAGCCUGCCUAUCAAGUGACCUUUCCCAGACAGGAGCCCAUUUUGAAGAAAGGAAAGAUCUGCCCAAUUGACAUCACCCUGGCACAGAGAGCUUCUAAUAAAAAGGUCACUGUGGUCCGGAAUUUGGAGGUCUAUGGACUCGACCCAUGCUCAGUGGCUGCCAUUCUCCAGCAGCGAUGCCAGGCCAGCACUACUGUCACUCCUGCCCCUGGUACCAAGGACAGCCUGCAAGUCCAGAUCCAGGGAAACCAGGUCCACCACCUUGGCUGGCUGUUGCUUGAAGAGUAUCAUCUUCCUCGAAAAUAUAUCCAAGGCCUAGAGAAGGCCCCCAAACCUGGCAAGAAGAAGUGACAGACUUUUCAUGCAGUGAAUAGAGUGAAAAUUCAAGCUCCAGGCUGGUAAUUUAUAUGAGCAUUUUCAGCAUUUAUAAAUAAAAAUAUAGUUCUUUACUAAAAUAAACUUUUAUUCUCUUCUAAA